CCGCUCCUGCGACCGAGCCAGCCUGGAGCAGCGUGCCGGGCAGGACCUACGGCGCAAGAAACACUGUAAAAGCAUAGCUCAGAGCACAACUCUCGAGCCCUGCGCAGAACUAAUCAGCGCGGGCCGUCUCACACUCAAAACUAGCAGCGCACGCCAGGCGGCGCGCGAGACCCGCGACGGUAUCAAAAAGACACAGAUGUCGUGGAACCGCGGCCAGUACUUUGGCGGGAAGAAGGACGGCUGCGCGGACCACAGCGGCCGCCGGCACGAGCCGUCCGUCGUCGAGGACGAGUCGCAAUUACCGGAGCACGAGCGCUGCGGCAACAUGCACGCCUUGUCGUUCGCGAGCAUCUGCGCGCGCCUGGACCGCGCCGAAGCGCCGGGGCCCCAGUCGGCGAAGCACGGCCUCGUCUUCGACCGAGAGCUCCUCAAGGCCGCGGGCAAGCAGUCGCUCUACCCCGUCGUGCGGCUCCUGUGCACGAGCCUCGACGUCGGACGGCGGAACUUUGGCCUCAAGGAGAAGGGCCUCGCGCAGCUCUACCUGCAGCUCACUGGAUUAAAAGGCGCGGACCCGGCGAAAAAUAAAGCCGCGGGCAAGCUCCACUUCUUCGCCGGCACGGCGUCGGCGCGCGGCACGCACAUGGGCGCGGAGCUCGGCGCGGCGCUCGUGGAAGUGCUGAAGGGCCGCGUGCCGCCGCACGGCGACAUGACGCUGGGCGAGGUGCACGAUUUCCUCGACCAGCUCGCGCGCAUGACGAAGAGCGAGACGAAGCGGACGAUCUUCGAAAAGGUCUACACGCGCCUGAGCCCGCGCGAGCACAAGUGGCUCGCGCGCGUCAUUAUCGGCAAUUUGAAGCUCGGCGGCCUCGGGGACAACACGAUCUUCAAGCACCUGCACCGGUCGGCGAAGGACCGGUAUGCGGAGUGCCAGAACCUGAAAAAGGUCUGCGCCGAGUACGCCGUGGGCGGCCCGGGCCACAACGCCGCGGCGACGCCCGCGGGCCGCGUCGAGCCCGGCGAGUCCUUCAAGCCGAUGCUGGCGCACGGCGAGCCGAACAUCGACGACCAGGCGACGCACACCGUGCGGGAGCUGCAACGCGUCGCCAAGAAGCGGUUCGGCAUCGAGGGCGUGCCGCCGAUCACGUGCGAGGUGAAGCUCGACGGCGAGCGGAUCAUGGCCCACCUCGUGAACGGCGAGAUACGCCUCUGGACGCGGAGCCCGACGGACUACACGUCCCACUACGGGCCCUGCAUCUCGGAGACGCUCCUUAAGUGCUUGCAGGGAUGCGACGCGGCGAUCCUGGACGGCGAGUGCCUCGCGGUGUGCACGCAGACGGGCGAGUGCGUGCGCUUCGGGUCGAACCAGACGUGUUCGCGCGUCGAGCGUGCGCUUAAGGAUCGAGGGCUGCCGACGGUGCACUUUGACCCCAACGACGAGCACGUCGUCAAGUCGAUCGAGGAGUCGGUGGCCCAGAUGAACGACUCGACGGUGGACGCGGAGCAGAUCAAGACGGCUCGUUUGGUGUUCGUGUGCUUUGAUGCGUUAUAUCUGAGCGGGGACGGCGCGGAGGAGCUGCUGGGCGAGGACGACGCCGGCAAGAAGAUCAAGCCGGGCGCGCUCGGGCACCUCCCCCUGAAAAUAAGAAGGCGCAUCGCCGAGCGUAUCACGAGAAGGGAAGACGCGGCGUUCCGGCGCAUCCGCAUGGUGGAGCAUAUUAACAUUACAGAUACAGAAGACAAAAAGCGGGUCGAUCAGCUCCACGCGUUCUACGACCAGGUCGUCUCGAGGGGCGGCGAGGGCGUCGUCGUCAAGCUCCUGGACUCGCCCUACAUCCUAGGAGAGCGGUCGCGCGCGACGCGGGCGUGGAUCAAGCUCAAGCCCGAGUACGGCGCCGACGGCGACAUCCCGCGGCUCGACUAUUUAAUAGUGGCGGGCAACUGGUCCGACGCGGCGACGGGCGGGCGCACGGGGCGCCUGUCCAAGUACACGGUGGCGGCGCGGUGCCCGCACACGGGCCGCUUCUACGCGGUCGGGAGGGUGGGCACGGGCUACGGCUUUGCGCGCGUCAAGGAUAUCCACGAAAAACUAAAGGGCAAUCUGGACAACUACGACCCGAAGUCGCGCCCGGACUGGCUGGACGGCGGGUGGCACCCAAAACCCGACAACAGGCCCGACUUGAUAGUACGGGACCCGUCCAAGUCCCUGGUCCUGGAAAUAAAGUGCGCCGAGCUCGUCGUCUCGACCGAAUACGGGAGCGUGGGCCGCACGUUCCGGUUCCCGCGCGUCGAGCGCGUCCGCGAGGACAAGGGCGCCGACGACGUGUCGACGCUCGACGAGGUGCGGCGCGUCGGCGAGCGCAAGCGCACCGUUGCCAAGAUCGGCGGCGCCGGCGCCGGCGGCAAGAAGAAGAAGAAGAAAAUCACGCGCAAGCAGGCGGACGGCGUCCGGCGCGACCAGCUCGUCGACGUCGAGGCGCUCGAGGAGCUGCGGCAGGCCUCGACGAAGCCCAAGGUGUUCAAGAAGGACGAGUUCCUCGCGCUGCCGUCGGCGCGCUGCGGCGACCUGGACCGGCCGGCGCUGCUGCAGCUGAUCGCCGAGGCGGGCGGCGUCGUGCGGAGCGCCGCGCCGGACGAGUUCGACCCCGACGCGCCGCUGAUCGUCCUCGGCGCGGCGGGCGACGGCCGUCUGCUCAUGGUCACGGCCUACGCGUCGACGGGCUACGCCGUGCUCGACGCGGCCUGGUGCGCCGAGUGCGUCGCCGCCGGCGUGCGCCUCGCGCCGGCGCCGCGCCACUACCUCGCGACGCCGCCGCCGCAGAAGCUCGAGGAGCUGCAGCAGACCUUCGAGCCGGUCUGGGGCCUGCCUAGAUUUCGCGCGCCGUCGGUCGACGAGCUCCGGACCUGCGCGGCGCACGCGCGGGCGCACCGCGGCGGCCACUGGUUCUACGACGACGCUGUUGUUGAUGAGGCGCCGGACACCGACGCCGCGCUCGCGGCGCACGGCGUGACGCCGCUCUCGCGCGUCCUGCGCCCGGCGCGCGUCGCCGUCGCGCCGGAGACCGCCUGCCUCGCGUCGCGGCUCCGGCUCUACGGCGCGACCGUCGUGGCCCCGGACGCCGCGACGCACGUGCUCGCCGACGUCUGGGCCGCGGCGCCGCCGGCCAACGGGGCCCCGGUCGUGAACCGCGCGUGGCUCGACGAUUGUGUGGUACAGAGACGUGUCGUUCCCGUUGUCCAGGAGCGGCACGCCCCACCUUCGUUUCUCGCCGCGCCCGUCGUGCCGCGGCCGGCUUCUCCUCCUCCAGUGGCUGCCGCGGCCGAGCCCGAGUCGGACGAGGACUCUUUCGCUUGA